AUGUCCUACUCCUACGAUGACGAGAAGGGUUGGCGACGCUGGAGGGUGCUUCGUCCGGGACGAGGUAUGUACCAUGAUAUCAAGCGAAGGCUGCCAUACUACUGGAGUGAUAUCACCGACGCAUGGACAUAUCGCACGGUCGCCAGUACUAUCCGAAUGUACUUUGUGAAUUUGCUUCCGGCAAUUGCGUACACGCUCGACAUGUACCGACGGACCGGCGAGUUCUUUGGUAUUAACGAAGCGCUCUUCUCUUCAGCACUCGCCGCCGUUGUCUUCAGCACACUCAGCGCGCAGCCUCUAACGAUAGUUGGUGUCACGGGCCUUAUCUCCCUCUUCAACUUCACAAUCUACGAUAUUAUCAAGAUUUACGACGUUUCCAUCUACCCACAGUUCGUGGCUUGGACGGGCAUAUGGGCAGCCAUUUUUCACUGGCUAGUUGCAGUCUUCAACGGGUGUGACUAUAUGCGCUAUGUGACAGACUUUUCUAGCGAAUCUUUUGGCCUAUACGUGGGAAUUAUUUACAUCAUCAAGGGAGUCGAGGAGCUGGUCAACGAGUUUACCACGGAGGGCAGUGCUGCUGGAUACUUGGCCUGCUUACUUGCCAUACUCUAUUUCGGAACGGUCUACACGCUAGAAAAGCUUGGUUCCAGCACUCUCUGGAGAGCGGGCUUUCGAGGUAUUCUUGCAGAUUAUGCCUAUGUCUUUGCUACGGUCUUCUGGGUCGGCUUCUCCCACAUACCCGGACCCUUGAGGGACGCACAUAUCAUGAGAGUUCCCAUCGCGACAGCUUUUCAUCCAACACAGCCCCGAAACUGGCUGAUUGACUUCUGGAAUCUCGAUGUCAAAUGGGUGUUCGUUGCCAUGCCUUUCGGUUUCCUGAUCAUGCUGCUUUUCUACUAUGACCACAACGUAAGCAGCAUCACGGCACAGGCUCGUCAAUUUCCGCUUCAAAAACCUGGUGGCUUCCAUUGGGAUUUCUUUCUUCUUGGUUGCACAACUUUCGUUGCAGGCAUUCUCGGGCUGCCGAUGCCCAAUGGUCUUGUUCCCCAGGCUCCGGUUCACACAGACUCCUUAACAGUCUACAAGACAAGUCUGAAGAUCAUCCCGACAUCAGAGGGGGAGGGCGCUGAGAUCCGCCGUCCGCUUGUCACCGCAACUCACGUCGUCGAGCAGCGGCUAUCGCACCUGCUGAUGGGACUUGCUUUGAUUGGCACGAUGACCGGUCCUCUUCUUGUCGUUCUCCAUACAAUGCCCGCCGCGGUUUUUGCUGGUGUGUUUUUCGUAGUCGGAUGGGGGUCAGUUGAAUCGAACUCUAUCCUGCAGAAAUUCGUGUUUCUCAACUCGGAGAAACGUUUCAUUCAACGCGACGAGCCGAUGCUACAAGUGCGCCGUCGCAAGAUUUGGCUUUACAUUAUCCUACAAUUCGUGGGUGUUGCCGCUUGCGUAGCCAUCUCGCACACCCUUGCAGCAAUAGGCUUCCCGCUUUUAAUCAUCCUGCUCAUCCCCAUGAGGGUUAUAUUGGUGCCCCGAUGGUUCACUCAGACAGAAUUGCAAAUUCUGGAUGAUUUUACGGCAACAAACAAGAUGGUGUUGGCUAGCUUGGGUGGUAAGCCUGGCCUUCCUGAGGGUUCUCGUAAGGAGGAAUGGGGGUUGGAAAGACGGAUGAGCGAGAGCAAACACGGGGUACCCAGACAAAGAGCUGGAAGUUUGCACCGCUAG